CUCUGCACGCCACCACCACCAUCGUCCCCCUCAUCCUCCGCUGCACCCAGUCUACCUUCUGCACUAGCAAUGGCACCCAAACCCGCGUCGACUGGUGGCAAGGCCCCCGCAUCCGGCACCGCGGCCAAGGCCCCCGCGAAGACCACUGAGGCCACCAAGGGAGCCAAGAAGACGUCCAAGGCCGCCUCGGGUGGCGCUGGUGGCGAGGAGAAGAAGAAGAGGCACAAGGCCCGCAAGGAGACGUACUCGUCUUACAUCUACAAGGUCCUUAAGCAGGUCCACCCUGACACGGGUAUCUCGAACAAGGCUAUGGCCAUUCUGAACUCGUUUGUCAAUGAUAUCUUUGAGCGGAUCGCUUCGGAGGCAUCGAAACUCGCCGCCUACUCGAAGAAGUCUACCAUCUCAUCACGGGAGAUCCAGACCUCUGUCCGUCUCAUUCUCCCUGGUGAACUUGCCAAGCACGCUAUUUCUGAGGGUACCAAGUCGGUAACCAAGUUCUCCAGUGCAGGCGCCAAGUAAACCUACUUUCGCAUCUGUCUUUUCUUUCUUCGUGGUGUAUCUCUACGCACUGUAUUCUCUUAUCAUUAUUCUACUACGACUUGUACGCUUGGCACGGUAAUCUGAAGUUUACU